AUGGCAACCUAUCUCCAACCCUCUAAUUCGUCUGUAAAGGUGGUCACAGCGUCGAACGCAGCAAUACCGGAACCAACUGAGGCCAUGAUCAAAGCGGCCAAAAAUGAUUACGCCUCAAGACUUAGUCAUUAUACCCAACAACAAAUCAAACGAAUAAAAUCAAAAAAGAAUUCCCUAAAUAACACUGCGAACGGCACCUCACAAAACGUUCAAAGUCCGGCGAAUCAUAACUCUUCAUCAGGUGUUCCAAGUCGCCCUCUGUCUACAGGUGGAAUGCAUCAACGUCAGCACUUUCCGAAGCAAAAGAAACAG